AUGAUAAAUAUACUUUCGUACGUGGGUAUGAAUUUGCAGUCCGAAGUUUGUUUAUGGUGUUUACUGGGGCUACUGCGGACUAUCUUUGACGCUACACUCUUCAAAGUGAACGCCAAUCUUAAACAGGUAUGGCAGAUGAACAUGCCAGAGGAGCUGUCGAUGCCGGUGCAGCGCGCGCUGCGGACAAUGGUGUCGGGCAUAAUGCUGGUCCAGUGCUUCACUGUCUAUAUCUACCUGGCUUCGUACAUAGUGCUGCUCUAUCCUGUAUUCCUGGAAGAGCGACCCACAUUGGUGCUGCCCUGGUUGCUCCUGGCUGCUAUCAGGAAGCUGCUGUGUGAGCUGACGAGCCUCGCCCUCGGUCUCGGCACAUGUGUGCUCCUAGGGCCUGCUAGGACACCCUGUAUCAAGUUCGUCGUGGUCAAGUUCACGACAAUCAUGCCUGCAUUUUACAUGUGGAUGCUAGUAUUCAGUUAUUACCAUGCACUCAAAGUGGCCACAGCAUUCAAAACGUUCCCCGCCGUCCUACCUCCCAGCGACAAUGACUACGGGCUGGAGCUGGCUGUUCGAAGGAGACGGACCAAGUCUCUGCUGGGAGAAGACCAACUCCGCAAAAAAUUAGUCGCAAGCUUUUACGGGGAAGGGUUAAGCACAACAAAUGAAUCAUAUUUAAGACCACAACUGGAUAUAUCAUCGAAAAUGGUGCAUUCCACCGACACCAAUGCAGAAGAAGACGUUCCAGAGCCGGACGCCAUAAAACCAUCAACUGGGUGCUGUUCCGACAGCGGAGCGUACGAAGAUUGGUUCGGGAGUGAAAUAAUAAUACCUCGAGAUACUGAUAGGAUUCUAGAACAGAUAGUUUUAAUGUUGUUACGCGUAGGUGCUUAUAUGAAGAACGAGGUAACAGAAUCUUUACUUGACCCUCAGAGAUUCAGUUCAGCAGUACCCGCAUUAUGGCAUAGUGAUAAUAUUGACUGCACUAUCAAUGCAGGCGAUUCUGAUACACCUCAAAAUAUAGGCAGUAGUAGAGGAAAUACAGCUUCGUAUUUGCGGGAAUAUCCACAAAUAUUUAUGAAAAAAACUACCACAGAUAAACUCCAAACAGAGCCAACAACAGCUCCUUUGAAAACAGUUCAUAGUAAUGGUGAAUCUGACGAAUUUAAACACAAAACAAAGCGAAAUUCGCCUAGUGUAUCCCAUGAAACAUUGUCAACACCAGUGGAGCUGGAACAAAUGUCAAGCAAGAAGAAUGUAACUAAAUUAGACACGACUACUGAACAAGAUUCACAAUCAAAAAAUGUGUCAGGAAUGGAAGCAACAAAAGAAAAACUAACAUUUGAUAAACAAAGUAAAAUAGGGACGCCAUUAAGAAUUAGAAGUAGUCAAUUAAGUGGUAACACAAAUAAUUCUGUUCAAAUUAAUAAAGUUUCCGGAGAUAACAUAAACAAAUCGUCAAAUAACAAUUUAAAUCAGAGUGAGAAAGCAAACGAUCCACAUUUAGUAAAUGCAAAUGCAGACAGCGAAAAGUCUAUAGCAAGUAUAAUACAAAGAGCAAAUCAAAAUAGAGAGAUUAAUCUAAAACUUUUGGAAGAGUAUACAAGUAUGGUGUACAAUAAAAUAAUGAAUAGUGAUGAUCACAGCAGAGAAAUUUCCGAUGAUUUCAUAAUUAAUGAAUUUAAUGAAUUAAUCAACGGUACAUCCACUCUUGCUCAAAUGUUAAAUUUAGAACACGAUGGAGAGUUUGUGCUUAACACUGUAGCUAACGAAUUAAGGAACAGGCAUUUAUUUGCAAGCGGAACAUCAAAUCAACCCUCAGAUGAUGCCGUAUUUCACAAUUACAACAGAGAUUCAGAUGUCCCUGAAAUUUUUUAUUUAGAUAGCCAAGAAAAUUUUAUGUUUCGUAAAGUAUCAAAUGACAUCGAUACGAAUUCAUCGCCUAAAGCAGCAAAUGAAGACGGAUGUGAUAACAAUAGUGAUAGUAAAAUAUUAAGCAAAGACGAGCCCCAAUCUGAUGUAAAGGGGAUAAAAUACGCAACUGAUGGUUUAAUACAUGAUAACAAAUCAGACAAUGAAAUAAAAACAGUAUCUCCUGACAUUAAAAUUUCAAGUGAUGACAACAUGAAAAAUUUGAUGCAAAAUAAUAUUGUAAACGUAGGAAAAAAUGAAGAUUUUACCGAGGGCACUAAAAUAGACGAUUUAACAAAAGAUACAAAAACAGAAGAUUUAACACACGAUUUAAAAAUAAUAGAUUUGACACAAGGUAUCAAAAUAGAAGAUUUGACUGAAGGUAUCAAAAUAGAAGAAAUUACACAAGGUAUCAAAAUAGAAGAUGUUACAGACAAAAAAAUCCCCCAUUACUAUAAACCUAAAGAAGUACCUUUACGUAUAAUGUCGAUUGAGGAUAACUUGGGCCCUGAAGGAACACCUACUGUGAGACAGCUAAGAUCAGCUACUGAUAAAGGCAAAGAAGUUACUCCUACUGAAUCUAAACGAGAAACAUCACAAAAUAAUGUGUUGAAUCAAGAAAAAAAUGAAACAUUGAAGAAAGAUCCUAGUAAAGACUCUACAGAUACUAAUGAUGAUAGCAAACCUAAUAGCAGUGAAAACACAAAAAGAAAUGCAUAA